AUGUAAAUCUCAGAAGAGUAACUCAUUCAAGAAGCACUCAAAGCCAAAGAAAGGGCAUAUUGUCCAUAUUCAAACUUUAGAGUAGGAUGCUCUUUAUUGACAAAAACGAACAAAAUAUAUACAGGAUGCAAUGUCGAAAAUGCUAGUUAUGGUCUAUGUGUUUGUGCUGAGCGUGUAGCGAUAUGCAAGGCUGUGAGUGAGGGGGAUCGUCAAAUUUCAACCAUUGUAGUAUCAUGUGACACUGAUGAGCCUACAUUCCCUUGUGGUAUGUGCAGACAAACAAUCAUUGAAUUUUGUUAUGCUGGCAAUGAUAUUAAAAUUAUCGCCAUAGGAAAGGAUCAAACAAAACCUAAGUAUUCUAAAGGCUCCGAAGUUAUACCAUUUGCUUUUGUUCCCAAAGAUCUUAACGUAGAUCCUUAAUUGGAAAAUAAAUGACAAUAAAAUAUUUAAAAGAAACAAUCACACCCAUUCCCUUAAUCACUUUUGC